GAUUCAAAUCCAUACACCAGUACCCCACCCUCUCUCUCUCUCUCUCUCACGUUAAAAAUUAUUCACAUCGUUCCCUCCUUUACUCUGUUUCAGUCUCUUUUUAACAGAAAAAGAAUACUAGACUUUGGAGUUUAUCAGGCCAUGGACGGAGCCGCUAACUACAAUCCACGUACCGUGGAAGAGGUCUUUCGAGAUUUUAAAGGCCGAAGAGCUGGCAUGGUUAAAGCCCUUACUUCUGAUGUUGAAGAGUUCUACCAGCAGUGUGACCCCGAGAAGGAAAAUCUUUGCCUGUAUGGAUUUCCAAGUGAGCAGUGGGAGGUAAAUUUACCUGCUGAAGAGGUGCCUCCAGAACUUCCAGAGCCUGCAUUGGGUAUAAAUUUUGCCAGGGAUGGGAUGCAAGAAAAGGAUUGGUUGUCUUUGGUUGCUGUCCACAGUGAUUCUUGGCUACUUUCUGUGGCCUUCUACUUUGGCGCUAGGUUUGGGUUUGAUAAAGCUGAUAGGAAACGGCUUUUCAGUAUGAUAAAUGAUCUUCCAACAAUAUUUGAGAUUGUGACAGGGACAGCAAAGAAACAACAGGCAAAGGAAAAAUCUUCAGUCUCAAAUCACAGCAGCAACAAGUCUAAAUCAAACCCAAAGAGAGGCUUAGAAUCUCAGCCCAAGUAUACAAAGGUGAUGCAAGCAAAGGAUGAGGAUGAUGAUCUAGAAGAGGAAGAUGACGAGGAGCAUGGGGAUACACUCUGUGGGGCUUGUGGAGAGAACUAUGCAGCUGAUGAAUUCUGGAUCUGCUGUGACGCCUGUGAGAAAUGGUUCCAUGGGAAGUGUGUUAAGAUGACCCCAGCAAGGGCUGAACACAUUAAACAUUACAAAUGUCCAUCUUGUAGCAGCAACAAGAGAGCACGACCCUGAUCUCUUUACUUGGCCAUGGCUGUGUGUAUUCUGGAAUCAUGGACUUCUAUCUGUUAUGUAGGGCUGUUGGUUAGGUUUGUUGUUAGUCUGACAUUUCUAGGUUUUCUAUCUGGGAUAUUAUGUGUAGUUUGGAGAUUUUCUGUUUAUUAGAAUAUAAAUUAGAGUAUGCCCAGGAGGGAAUUAUCUUCGCAGUCCAUUGGGGGAAAAGACUUCUUGUUUUAUGUCAGAAUUUUCUCAUGUUUUUGUGCAGUUAACGCCUAUUCUUGAAUUUUGUUUCAAGUUUCCAUUCUAUAUGCAUAAAUCAAGGCCUUUCUAACA